AUGGACUGGUUCUCCUGGCUAUCCAGGACAAGUCUUGAGCCAUCUCUCGUCUACGAAUACGGCCUAGCAUUUGCGCGAAACGAGCUUCAGCUGGAAGAUGCAACCCACUUCAACCAUGAGUUCCUCCAGAGCAUGGGGAUUUCGAUCGCCAAACAUCGGCUCGAAAUUCUCAAGCUCGCAAAGAAGGAGGAUGGUAGUAGUGGCGCUGCCACGGCACUUACCAAGACUCUCUCCGGCGCAAUCAAGAGAUGCCUAAAGAGGUGCCUGAGUAAAUUACAGGUGUUCAAUGAACAAGAAGCAGAGGAGACAAAGGAAAUGGUAACACCGGAGCCAAACUGGUACCAUGGGAGGUGCAGAGGGUCAAUGAUGAGGAAGCAUAUUGACGGAGAGAAGGGUAUGCAACGAAGCAGGACCAUAGCACUGUCAGGGCCAUUGGAUGGAAGAACAAUGCAUAACAAAAUGGUAACUGGGAAGGUGUUGAAGUUGUCUGGUCCUCUUGAUGGGAAGAUGAAUGAGAGAAUGAUGUAUGCAAAUAGGAGUCCAAUAAUGGCUCAUAGGCCUUUGGUUGAAGAGAGGUUCUUGGGCACACUAAAGAGUCCUAGACUUUCUAGUACUGGUCCUAUUGAUGGACGAGCUAUGGUUGAUAAUAGGAGUCCAAGGCUAAGUAGGCCUCUUUAUGAAAGGGUUGAUAGCCCAAUGGGUUAUAGUCCGUACAAUAAGACUAAAGGCGACUCUGAUUGUGAUGAUGAUUAUGGACUGUGGCCUACAAUGUUUGAGGAUCUGAAACCCACUUGAGUCUUUUUUUUUUAUUCCGAGUAAAUGCUUAAAUUAGGUUUUUGAAUUUUAUGCAUGUGUAAGGCUCUACAAAUCAAAUUGAUCUUUCCAAAUUAACUCACGUGCGCAUGUU